GAAGCAGAAGAAAAGUGAGAAAUAUGGCUGCUACCCUGUGUAUAAACGCAGUCGUUAGGUUUACGAAAACGAUUUAGUUAUUUUCCUGAAAGCUAUAAGCUCUGUAGUUCCACAGUAUGUUCUAGUCAUUAGAGUACUAUGAAAUAAUGGCUUUUAUUUAGGAGGUCUUGGAUUUUUACUCUCAAGGGAACACGUAGCUAUUUGUAUUUUGCCGCUUUUAUUGCGACAAGCUAACAUUAGCUGCUCAGACUGAGAUUAUGGAUGACGAUGAUGUGUCCAUGCAUAGGCUGGAAGGGGCUGAGCCAGGUGCUCAAGUGGGAGGUCUGAUAGUAAAGAAGAAGAGUGCUGCUUCAGAGCCUCAUGUUUUUCGGGCUCCUACACCACGCACCUCUCUGCUGGGCUUAGACCUGCUGGCUGCACAGAAAAGGAAGGAGCGUGAGAUGAAGGAGCAGGAGGAGUCUAAUGGUGAUGAAAGAAACAGAAAGAAGUCAAAGGUUUCAUCCUACAAAGACUGGGAGGAAAAUAAGAGUGACUCUGGGUCUGAUGAGGAGGACGAUGAUAAGACUACAAGCACUAAAAAGGAGAGAAAGUAUCGUGUCACCGGCUCUGAGACUCCCUCCAACCCAGGAGGUGUUAGCGAAGAAUUUAGAAAGCGACAUGAGCAGCGGGAGAAAGACAGGCGUGAACAUGGAGUCUAUGCCUCCUCCAAGGAGGACAAGAACAGAGAGCGAGACCGGAGCAGAGAUAAAGGAAGGGAGCAACGGAGUGAGAGAGAUGAUCGAGACGGCAGGCACAGUAGGGGCAGCAGCAGCAGCCGGUUGGAUCGCAGUGAGCGGACUGAGCGCUCACAGCAAGAUGGCUGGUCUGAACGCAUCAGUAGAGGGAGCAAGAGAGAUGAACCUGCAACACCACAACAUCGUCCUCGAGAUGGCUUUACACCUUCCCGAUCUAACUGGGAAGAAGACGAUAGUGGUUAUGCCAGUUCAAGGCAUUCCCAGUGGGAGUCUCCAUCUCCUGCCCCCUCUCACAGAGAGUCAGAUCGUUCUGAAAGAAGCCAUCGCGUUGGGCGAGAGAGUGAGAGGAGGGACAGAUCAGUCAGAGGCCGUUACACUGACGACACACCCCUGCCCACUCCGUCCUACAAGUACAACGAGUGGGCCAACGAUAGAAAGCAUUUAGGCUCCACGCCUCGUUUGUCACAAGGAAAAGGCAGAAGAGAUGAAGGGGGAAUGGUGUUUGAUGAUGAAGAGGAGAAAGAACAGUGGGAGGAGGACCAAAAGCAAGCUGACAGAGACUGGUACAUGAUGGAUGAAGGCUAUGAUGAGUUCCACAACCCUUUCACUUCCACCUCUGAUGAAUAUGUGAAGAAGAGAGAGCAGAUCCUUCAGAAGCAGACUCAGAAAAGAAUAUCUGCACAGAAGCGACAGAUCAACGAGGAUAACGAGCGGUGGGAAACCAACCGUAUGUUGACCAGUGGCGUGGUGCAAAGGCUGGAGGUGGAUGAAGACUUUGAGGAAGACAACGCUGCUAAAGUUCACCUGCUGGUUCACAAUCUAGUUCCUCCGUUCCUGGAUGGAAGAAUAGUCUUCACUAAGCAGCCUGAGCCUAUCGUCCCUGUGAAAGACCCCACCUCUGACAUGGCCAUCAUCUCUCGAAAGGGAAGCCAACUGGUCCGUAAACAUCGUGAGCAAAAGGAACGCAAAAAGGCUCAGCACAAACACUGGGAAUUGGCAGGCACCAAGUUAGGCGAUAUAAUGGGUAUCAAGAAGACGGAGGAUGAAGAACCUGGGGGCAAAGUGGUCGGGGAGGAUGGCAAAGUAGACUACAGGGCUGAUCAGAAAUUUGCUGAGCACAUGAAGGAGAAGAGUGAAGCCAGCAGUGACUUUGCUAAGAAGAAGAGCAUCCUGGAGCAGAGACAGUACCUGCCCAUCUUUGCCGUUAGGCAACAACUUCUCAACAUCAUAAGGGACAACAGCAUCGUCAUUGUUGUUGGGGAAACCGGCAGCGGUAAGACCACCCAGCUGACUCAGUAUCUGCAUGAAGAUGGUUACACUCGCUAUGGGAUGGUGGGUUGUACUCAGCCCAGAAGAGUGGCGGCCAUGAGCGUGGCCAAAAGAGUCAGCGAGGAGAUUGGCACCAACCUCGGAGAGGAGGUUGGGUAUGCAAUCCGUUUUGAGGACUGCACUUCAGAGAAGACGAUGAUAAAGUACAUGACCGACGGCAUUCUGCUCAGGGAGUCCCUACGGGAGUCGGACCUGGACCACUACAGCGCCGUUAUAAUGGACGAGGCUCACGAACGCUCCCUCAACACAGAUGUGCUGUUUGGGCUCCUGCGGGAGGUUGUAUCCCGACGAACUGACUUGAAGCUCAUUGUGACCUCCGCCACCAUGGACUCAGACAAAUUUGCAGCGUUUUUUGGCAAUGUGCCUAUUUUCCAUAUUCCAGGAAGAACCUUUCCAGUCGACAUAUUGUUCAGCAAGACCCCACAGGAGGACUAUGUGGAGGCCGCGGUGAAGCAGGCACUCCAGAUCCACCUCAGUGGGAUGAUGGGAGACAUUUUGAUCUUUAUGCCUGGACAGGAAGAUAUUGAGGUAACAUCGGAUCAGAUCGUGGAGCGUUUGGAGGACUUGGAGAACGCUCCUCCUCUGGCUGUGCUGCCCAUUUACUCACAGCUUCCAUCCGAUCUCCAGGCUAAGAUCUUCCAGAAGGCUCCAGAUGGGGUUAGAAAAUGCAUUGUCGCCACAAACAUCGCAGAGACGUCCCUCACCGUGGAUGGGAUCAUGUUCGUGGUGGAUGCAGGGUAUUGCAAACUAAAGGUUUUCAACCCUCGCAUUGGUAUGGAUGCUCUCCAGGUUUAUCCCAUCAGUCAGGCUAAUGCAAACCAGCGUUCUGGCCGAGCAGGGCGUACAGGACCAGGCCAGUGUUACAGGCUUUACACUCAGAGUGCUUAUAAGAACGAGAUGCUGACCACCACCAUACCAGAGAUCCAGAGAACCAACCUGGCCAAUGUGGUCCUGCUGCUGAAGUCUCUGGGUGUUCAGGACCUGCUCCUCUUCCACUUCAUGGAUCCACCACCCGAGGACAACAUGCUCAACUCCAUGUACCAGCUCUGGAUCCUGGGAGCUCUGGACAACACAGGUGCUCUGACCCCAACAGGGCGUCUGAUGGUGGAGUUUCCCCUCGACCCUGCCCUCUCAAAGAUGCUUAUAGUGUCCUGUGACAUGGGGUGCAGCGCAGACAUCCUCAUCAUUGUCUCUAUGUUGUCAGUGCCAGCCAUCUUCUACAGACCUAAGGGUCGUGAGGAGGAAAGCGACCAGGUGAGGGAGAAGUUUUCAGUCCCUGAGAGCGACCACCUCACAUACCUGAACGUCUACACGCAGUGGAAGAACAACAAUUAUUCCAGCAUUUGGUGCAAUGAUCACUUCAUCCACACCAAAGCCAUGCGCAAGGUGCGCGAGGUGCGCUCCCAGUUGAAGGAUAUCAUGGUUCAGCAGAAGAUGAACCUUAUGUCCUGUGGCUCAGACUGGGACAUCAUCAGAAAGUGCAUCUGCGCUGCUUACUUCCACCAGGCAGCCAAGCUCAAGGGCAUCGGUGAAUAUGUGAACGUGAGGACAGGCAUGCCAUGUCACCUCCAUCCCACCAGCUCCCUGUUUGGUAUGGGCUACACGCCCGACUACAUCAUCUACCACGAGCUCGUUAUGACCACGAAGGAGUACAUGCAGUGUGUCACUGCUGUGGACGGAGAGUGGCUCGCGGAGCUGGGGCCCAUGUUUUACAGCGUCAAACAAGCCGGGAAAAGCAGACAGGAGAACCGUCGGCGGGCCAAGGAGGAGCUGACCAACAUGGAGCAGGAGAUGAUGCUGGCUCAGGAGCAGCUGAGAGCGCGGCGGGAGGAGCAGGAGAAGAAGAGCAAUGCCAGCAGCGUGAGGGCGGUGAAAAUCUGCACACCCGGAAGAAAAGAGGAGGCCCCCAUGACGCCCAGACGCACCCCGGCCCGCUUUGGACUGUAAAACUCACCCUGGCUUCUUAGAGGACACUGCCAUCCAAACCCGGAUGACACCAGCACAACAAGAACAUUUCACUUCUCAUCUCCCGUCGGUCUCCUCUGCAGUUCUCGUGCAGGCCACUAGAGUGAGAACUUGUAUAAGGCUUGUCUACAUCCCAAACAACACCGCACCAAACACCUCCCUCCAGCUUCAGCAGCCACUACCAGCCCAUGAUACAUAUAAAAGGAACACAAGACCCACUGGUUUUAUUUUCUUUGUCUUUUUGUGUAUAUAUCCUAUAUUUACAUUUGCCUGCUUGACAAAAAGUUAUUUUACAUUAGAAAGGUAAAUGAAAACUUAGUUUUUUUCUCAUUCUGUCAGAGACCAACUGAGAAAAAAAACAAAAAAAAAUUCAAUGUUGUUGCUUCUUUGUGUCUGUUUACUAGUUCUUGUGUGGUGGUCCGUGUUCGUGACCUUGAAGGGCUUCUCCACAGACUGAAGCAUCGUUCAAACUGUACUUGUGGCAUAAGCGUGUACGGACUGUACAGUUGCAUUGCAAUGCACACAGCUGCCAUGCAGGCUUUGCCAGUUUGAGCUAAUUUUAAUUUUUUCCUUAGUGAACACCCUAUUCCAAUAAGGCAGAGCACUGCAGCAUUGCUUAUCAACCGUAUCAUGUUAACUGUUACAGUUUUAUGAAUCCAGUUUCCAAAAAAAACGAGAAAAAAAACCCUUUUUGCUUUGUAAUUUCUGCUUUGAGAAUUAGUUUCCAGCAAGAUCCUUUUCCUUCUCUGCUCUCUCAGACAGUCUAGAUCAGAGAUGCACCAAUCGGGUUUUCCCUAGCUGAUGGCAAUUUCCGGUUUUCUUUUAGGUCUGACCAGCUGACUCUGAUUUUUGACCCCCACCCCAUCCCCUUUCAACCCACCCCCCCAGGAACUGUAACGCAUACAAGAGGGGAAAAAAAUGUAGUGCAGGUUCUUUGAUAAAAGUAGCAACAGAAGAUGCAGGAAAUAAAACAAUAUCCUCAUUUGGCUCAUAUGUAUUAUGUUUUUCUGAUUUUUAUUUGUCUCCAAAAAAAUGCAUCAAAGUGCAUGCGGUUUGUUGAUGGGCUUACAGACUGAAAAUGAUGGAAGGUCUUUAGAUGCAUUUAAGGAAAAAGGGGGGUGUCAUAUUUUUCAGUAUUGGACCCCACCGAUGGACAGUCGGAGACGAUCAAAGAAAGACUCCCUGAUUCCGAACUCCAGCCAAUUGAUUGGUGCAUCUCUAGCUGGAAUAUCAAGCCGGUGCAGAUAAACUGUAAACAGCGUGGUGGUUCUUUCAAAGCACAUGCUUCUUUUAACAUUUGAUGUAAAUGGGAAAAAAAUAAUUAAACAUUGCCUAUUUUGUUUUUGAA